CCCUCCCUCCCUCUCUCUGGCACAGCGAGAGGCGCCAAGCCUGGCCGCGCUCACUGCUCCUGUUUCUGCUCGCAAUGUGAAGAGUCAGCAAGUUCCCAGCGGCCGCUGAAACGCUCGGUGUCUCCGGGGAGCCAAGUGCGCCGACGCCGCCUGAUUGAGGUGGCUCGGAGUAUACCGGGAGUUGUAGUUCCACUGCAACUAUGUCCCGCCUGUGGCGCCGGGGCUGGCCCUCGCAGCCGCACUACAGCUCCCGGCAUGCCCCGCGCCGCGCCGCGAGGAGCCGAGUUGAAGCGGGUGGCGGCGGAGCGCACCCCCUCCCCCGCCAAAAAGCCCCAAACCAAAACAAAAACAAACCGCCCCCCUCGCUCCCCUCCGUCCGCUCGCCCGCCCGCCGCCCCCCGCCGAGCCCCGGAAAUGGCGGCGCCGGGAGGGGGCUCCGCCAGCCGGGGGUGCUGAUCCGGCCGCUGCGUCCCCUGCCCGUCCCUCCCCGCCCAUGGGCGAGACAUGGACUACGAGUUCAAGUCGAAGCUGGCGGCCGAGCGCGAGCGGGUGGAGGACCUGUUCGAGUAUGAGGGCUGCAAAGUGGGCAGAGGCACCUACGGGCACGUCUACAAGGCCCGCCGCAAGGACGGAAAAGAUGAAAAGGAGUAUGCACUGAAGCAAAUUGAAGGUACAGGGAUAUCCAUGUCGGCCUGUAGAGAGAUUGCACUUUUACGAGAGCUGAAGCACCCCAACGUGAUUGCAUUGCAGAAGGUUUUCCUUUCUCACAGUGACAGAAAGGUUUGGCUGCUGUUUGAUUAUGCUGAACAUGAUUUGUGGCAUAUUAUCAAGUUUCACCGUGCCUCAAAAGCAAAUAAAAAGCCCAUGCAGUUGCCAAGAUCUAUGGUCAAAUCCCUACUCUACCAGAUCCUCGAUGGAAUCCAUUACCUCCAUGCAAACUGGGUGCUGCACAGAGAUCUGAAACCAGCAAACAUUCUGGUAAUGGGUGAAGGUCCUGAAAGAGGAAGAGUCAAAAUAGCUGAUAUGGGUUUUGCAAGAUUGUUCAACUCACCUUUGAAGCCAUUGGCAGACUUGGAUCCAGUUGUGGUGACAUUCUGGUACAGAGCUCCAGAGCUGUUACUUGGAGCCAGGCAUUACACAAAGGCCAUUGAUAUUUGGGCAAUUGGCUGCAUAUUUGCUGAACUAUUGACUUCAGAGCCUAUAUUUCACUGUCGUCAGGAGGACAUCAAAACAAGUAAUCCCUUUCAUCAUGAUCAGCUCGAUCGCAUUUUCAGCGUAAUGGGAUUCCCUGCAGAUAAAGAUUGGGAAGACAUAAGGAAGAUGCCAGAAUAUCCGACUCUUCAGAAAGACUUUAGGAGAACAACGUAUGCCAAUAGUAGCCUCAUAAAAUACAUGGAGAAACACAAAGUCAAGCCUGACAGCAAAGUUUUUCUUUUGCUCCAGAAGCUUCUUACUAUGGACCCUACAAAGAGAAUUACCUCAGAGCAGGCUUUGCAGGACCCCUACUUUCAAGAGGAUCCUCUGCCUACAUCAGAUGUAUUUGCUGGCUGUCAGAUUCCAUAUCCUAAAAGAGAAUUCCUCAAUGAAGAUGAACCUGAAGAGAAAGGGGAUAAGAAUCAACAGCAGCAGAAUCAACAUCAGCAGCAAACAGCACCUCAGCAGCAGCCGCAGGCGGCGGCACAGCAGCCGCAGCAGCAGAACAGUGCCCAGACCAACGGCACGGCCAGCGGCGCUGGCACGGGAGGGACGGGCACAGGCACGGCACUGCAGCACAGCCAGGACUCCAGCCUCAACCAGGUGCCUCCCAACAAGAAACCACGCAUAGGGCCUUCAGGCGCUAACUCAGGCGGGCCUGUGAUGCCUUCAGAUUAUCAGCACUCCAGCUCACGCCUGAGUUACCAAAGCAACAUUCAGGGAUCUUCUCAGUCCCAGAGUACAAUGGGCUAUUCCACGUCGUCUCAGCAGAGCUCCCAGUAUCACCAAUCUCAUCAGUCUCACAGGUACUGAGAGGUCUAAGAGGCUGCACUCAGAAAGGAACAGACUGAAAGCCAGAAGACUCCAGCAAUAUGAAGUUCAUAAUGAUGAGAAGAACCAAAAAAAAGAAAAAACCCUAUGAUGCAGAAUUAAAAUUCACAAUGACAAAAGGAAAACUUCACCCACUGAAGACUUCCCUCCACCCCCACCCCCCUUUAUUGCCAUAAAGGAGAUUCUCGUGAAGUUUUCCUCCCUCCCUCCCUGCCCUUGCAUGUGUUCCGUUGUGGUUACUCUAAUGAACCCUUCUGAUCUGAACCCAGCACUUAACUUCUUUAACCUUUGGAAUUUUGAAGGAUUCCUGGUGCACCUUCCUUAUGCUGUAGUGAUUGCCAUAAAUCUGUCUUUUCAGUCUCUUUGAUGGGAUUUUAAAGUUUUCCAAUCUUGAACUCCCAGGCUUUCAAGCUUGUACAUAGUUAGUUUUAUACUAGGCAAACCAGUUUAGCUAUACAGGUAAUAUUGCACCUUUUUAAAGCACUAUGUUAUUUUCCACAGGAUAUUACUGUUUUGCUCAUGGAUGUCAAGAACAGCAAAAUUUUACUGUUCCAGAGUAUUUUACUAUUCUGUUUUUAUUAGUCUAGUUUUCAGGCGAGGUCUUAAAAAAGAAAAUGAAGUUUAAAAAAAAAAAAAAAAAAAGAAAUUAAAAAAAAAAAAAAGAAAAGAGAAAGAGAAGAAAAAACAAAAAACAAAACCCACCCACCCGAGUCUCUGCAGCUACAAAUAUGCUUCUUCAUGCUACUGGACUGAACACCAAACAGAAGAUUGCUGAUGUUUCUUAACUCGUUGACAUUGGAUUCUCGCAGUCACCGCGGUCGUACGUGAAACCAGGACAGCCACACAACAGCAGCGACAACAAAAAGAGAUGCUUUCAGGAUCUGUUGGAACAGAAGAAUGGAAUGUCUUCCCAGGCUGGACACCAAAAUAGUCAGGAAAAUGUAUUUUCUGCCCUCAAGCCUCAGUAGGAAUGUGGAUGCGGGCUUUGGUUUUCUGUGAAGCGGCUGAUUGAUGCGCGUGAGAGUUCUACACGUCCGGCUUUUCUUUCGCGUUCCUGAGUCAGUUUCCUAACCAGAAAGGUGAGAGAAAUACUAAGACUUGUGAAAACAAAUGCAUUUGAAUCAUUUUAUGUGAGGAUUAAUGACAAAGAGGAAUUCCUGUGUGAUUUGAAAAGCGUGUUGAAAACUGCUCCUCUUUUUUUUUUGGCCAUGUUUAUGAUGCGUUUUGGGUGUCCCUCACAUUGCUGUGAUUAACCCAGAUUAGUUACACCAGAUGCGCUUGAUUGCACUGAAAUGUUUCUUUUUCCCUAGAGCAAACAUGUCCCCGAGGACUCUAAGUGGAUGGGUAGCUGGCAGAGAAUCCCCAGUAAAUAAGCAAGGGUUCAGAAGGAUAAUCAGAGGAUUAUUGUCCAACUUCUGCAACCAGAGUUAUUUGGAGAGACAGGUCGCAUAAUCUGGGACAGCUUCAGUUUUCCUUCAGCUUUCAGAACCUAAGGUAGGCUCUUGUUGCAGAACACCUGGGAAAAUGCAUUUAGAAAGCUGUUAGCCAUGUAACACCUGCGAGCUUCUACAAGUGGUGUCCAGAGAAAAGGCUGAGAGGAGUCGAUAUGCAAAUGGUUCAUGUUACAGCCUUUGUUUCACCCUGUGUUCUCUUCUGGCCUGCGUCCAUACCAAGCGGGGUGUGCUCUCAGGGCAGGUGUGCUCUGACCUAGCCAGAGGAGUACAUCUGUUUGCUCUGGAGAGAAGGCUUCUCCUCAUCACAGCUAGACACAUACAUGUUUCUGCUGGCUCUGAGCUCCCAAUCACCCUUAGUGUCCCCUUCCAGCUCAAGCACUCAUACCUUUAGUCAACAGUUGGCUUGCUUUGGCUGUGUCUACCCUCGUGUGGCUUUGACAGCAGCCAGCUUCUCUGGGAGAGCAAACAAAACUUGCAUGUGCCAUCAAAUAGCUAAGAAAAGGGUGAAAAUUAAACGUUUUGAGGGAAAAAAAUAUUUUUGGGGAAAAUAAUAUCCCAAAGGCUACUUUUAGUGUGUAACCCUUGAAAUGCGUGAAAGAACAGAUUGUCAUUCCUUUAUUUCAGUGGGGCUGGGGUUGCAUUCCUUCUGUAAGUGGAAUGUCUCACCUCUCACUGAUGCUGCCUGAGCCACAAGGUAACAUGUAUUUUAUAUUUUCAUGUCACAUUGAUGGCAAUUAGCCUUUGCCAGAGUCAUUUUUUUGUCCCUUCCUGUUAUUUUGACCCUGCUGCUCUCUCCAAAUCCUUUUUGUCUUUUCUGUUGCAUUUAGCUAACAUUUCUUCUUCCUACUGCCACUUGCAGCUGAUUGACAGAAUUCAUACAGGAGGUGACAGGCUGAUGCUGAAUCAAAGUGGGCUCUUGUGCCAAAAGGGAAAAUCAUGGUGUAGGUUAAUCUGUGUGUAGAGUGUGAAACUUCACAGCAAUGCAACGUGCUUGAAUUGAGUGAGCUUCCAGCUUCUAGAGCAGUUGCCAUGCCCCCUCUCUAAGCUGAACUGGCGCUGGUUAGGUUUGAUGGGUGACCACACGUUGCUCCUCCCUGGCUCUCCUUGUGUGUGCACAUGCCCUGCUGAACUGAUUUUCUUCUGUUGCCUUCAAAUUCUCAACUGGGAGGAGAGCAAAUAAAAGCAUGUGCUGCAAAAUGUGGGCUGUGCACACUCUUGUAGUUCCUUCUGGUGGUGAAAUAACUCACCUCUCCCUGGGAGCUUGAUGUGUGUUGCUGGCAUGGGUGGCAGUUGUAGUGGAAGAAGCCUUGCUGUGCUGGGGUCAUCCUGAGAGGUAAAAACAAAUCAUGCAGCGUGUCAUAGAAGCCAGGACCAUGUCAGUUUUAUGUCAUUUCUUACCUGUGCAGUUUUAUCAGUUCUUGUAGCUCUGUCUGCCUACAACAUUCAACAUCCUCGUUAAAGUGUUCCAAGCAGGUACCAAGAGAGGCAGGUGACACUGCCAGAGCUGCCUUCUCUCCCAGGUUGGAUGAGGCCUUGAGCAACCUGCUCUAGUGGGAGGUGUUCCUGCCUAUGGUGAGGGGUUGGAGCUGGAUGAUCCUUGAGGUCCCUUCCAACCUAGACCAUUCUAUGGCUCUCCAUCCUGGUCAGCUGCUGGGAGAGCAGGUACAGCUUUUCCCAUUGUGGCUCAAAGGAAACAAACACAUGGGGAAAGAAUGAGGGUGAGCAGCCUGGGCCACACUGGUGAAGCUCCUGUAGCACAAACUGCACAAUGAAGGAAAAGCAGCAGGAGAGCUGCGAGUCCUGCACUGAUCUGCGACACCGUAUCUGGGGAGGGGGUGGCAGGAAGCUAGAAGUGUUCAAAUGUGUAUAGUAUUUUAUAAACAUAAUCAACUUAGUUGCCCUUCAUAAUCUUCAGGAAUGGUACUUUAGCACCAUUAAGCAAAGAAUUGUUUUAGGCUUAAAUAAAUGUAUUGUACAUAAGGCCAUACUUAAUCUUCUAAAGCUGUCGCCGGGUAGGAGCGAUGCGUAUUGCUAUAUGAGAGAAAAAAAGAAGUCCUUAAUGCACUGUUAUCUCCUAAAUAUUUAGUAGUAAAUUAAUACUAUUUAAUUUUUUUAAAAAUCUGUCUGGUGUAGACACUAAAAAAAAAAAAAAAAAAAGGAAAAAAAAAAAGAAGUAUGACACAAAUCUGGGCAGGACAUGUCCUUUUUAACAGCAAUUGAAAGAACUUUUUAUAUAUGUAAGGUAGUAACUUUUCAAAUGGUUCUAGUUGUAUUUUCCCAUGUUUACUAUUUGUGGAAGUUGUGCCUGUCUCUAUUCAGUUUGGGGUUUUGUUUUUUUUUUUGGAGGGGGGGGGGAGGUUGGGGUUUUUUUUUGUUUGUUUGCUUUUCCCUAAUAAUUUCCUGUUUUCAUUAGAAUUUACUCUGUGUGCUCCUCAUGCUGCCACAAACCUUUGCCGCUCCGCAUCUGUGGUGGCCACGCUCGGCAGCGCCUGCGCCCGCUGGGCCGGUGCAUCUGCAAAGCAAACUACUUGUUCCUCCUCAUUCUAGAGUGGAGAGUUUACUGCUUUUAAGUUGUCUCGAUGUCACUCUUGCAAUGACUGUUAAAACUAAACUCUUGAGUUCGUUGCAUUUAUUUUAUAUCCUUGGUUGUAAUGAAAUGGAAUUGACUUUGCUUCAGUGUGAAUUUUUUUAAUGAAAUAAUAUACAUUUGUAAUAAUAAGAAUAAGAAGAAGAAUAAAAAGUUCAAAGUGAAUCAAA